AGAGAGCCCAUUCCUUCUACCACUCCGCCCUUCUGAAACUAGAAUCUCGCGAUUUCUGCACCCAACCGGCAUACGUAUAUAUUUAAUUCUGGACAACCGUUCCCUCUAAGUAGGUCCUCGAGAGAGCAGCCUGAUCGUACCAUUAUCACCCUACCCCAUUCAUUCUCUCACUUCAUAUUCUUCUCUCCAUCUCUCCCCGAUCAACGGGCUGGGGCAAGUGUGUGAAGCAACGACCUUAUAAAGCCUGCUUCUCCCUAUUCUUCCUUCUCUAUCUUCGUCGUUCGUGCUUUAGGAGUCCCAGACAAGACCCAAAACCAAUACUUUUCUACAUACUUUUAACUCUCCUAUUAUUACCUACAUUCCCUUCCACCAAUAAAUCACAAUGUCCUCUGCUCGUACCUCCGAACAGGCGGCCAACGGCCAGCCCGCAAGUUAUACCCACGCCCGCCGUAGCUCUAUGGGUCCAGGAACCUUGACCGACUUCUUCACGAGUCGAGUUCCCACGACCGCCCCCUACCCAGGCCCUAUCACUUCAGCUGCAGCCCAGGCAAACCGGCGAAGGAUGAGUAUGACCAAUGCCUCUGGAACCUCUCCCCCACGGGUCCAAACAAACAUGUCUAUGCGAAGGGGGUCAAUCUCUUCGGUCUCGUCGGCAUCCUCUGCCGUGGACGAGAGUGCCAUCGAAGAGGGUGAGGUCAAUGCGGGCAGCCCGUCCAGCCUGGGUGGCGGUCCGUUCGCCAGAAGGCUUAGCUUUGGAGCGAGGGCUCUCAGGGAUGUUCGGAUCCCGCAAGGUAGAAACCCGGGGAGUUUCCCCGUAAGUGCGGGGGCGGCAUCCCCGACGGUGUCCAGAGGUUAGCAUCCAUUCUCCCCUCCCCGUAUUCCGGUUAGAUUAAGAGUAUCAUACUCGAUAGAUGGAGGGCUUGUGCUGACUUAUGUAUCACAAUUGCAGGUUUCUGGUUGGAUGGAAGGUCCGGAUCUCAAUCCCAAGGCGCUGACAGGGACGAGGCUCCCGCUCAGCGCCGUCAAUCCAUCUCGGUCAUGCCGCCGCCAGUCAAUGCUAUCUCGCCCAAGGAUGCCCAUGACCCGCUUCAAGAAAGGAUGCUCAAGGGUGAUUUUUACAUGGACUAGCAAUACACAACCAAUAACGCACAUAUUUUCUUCUCACUCAACCCUGAACUGGAUCCUCUCCGUUUCUUUUUCUUAUUCCCUUUAUUCCCACCUUUCCUCAACCAACAACUCUCGCUUCCUUUCCCUGAAACGAAGUAACGAUGAAACGACCGGCUAGGAACAAACAAACAAAAAAAUUCACAACGGAGCACAAAUCUGAGACAAAAAAGCGGGAUUCGGCUUUCUUUCUUUCUUUCUUUCUUUCUUUCUUCUCCCCCUUUUAUUUUUCUUGACGGUAAAAAAAACAAAACACACUGAGUAGUCGGGUACUACUUCACGAUGUACAAAUGCCCGGUUCUGAACGAAAAGCGGAGUUCACGGUCGUUGGUGGCAUUUUUUUUUUGUAUCAUACAAGUAAUGGCGAUAUUUUCGACUUGGGAUUGGGUUGGGGGAGGGGUGCCCUUCGCCCGGGACUAGGGUUGCGCCGAGAAAAAUGUUAGAUCCCAGGGUGUUGCGGUUGCUGGUCGUCGGAGUGGUGGGUGGUGGUUUUGUACAAUAUGAAAGGGGCCAGUCAAACACCCUUGGACUCAGGCAGAACUGAGGGGGGUAGCGAGGCAGAGCAAAGCGGGGGCCGAUUGAUGAUCGGAGAUGGUGGGGGGGAGAUAACGUUCAUUUAUCAUUUCCAUUGGAUUCCAAAUCAUCUUAUGAUAUUUUCCCUCCCCUUUCAUUUUGGAGUCAUCUGUUUCCGGUUUCACAAAGCUUUGGGCGCAGCAUCUGUAUCGAGUAGUUGUGAGCUUUUCUGUACCCUACCUAUUUUAUUUCAUUUUUCCAUCCUCGGACGCAAACGAAACGGAAAAGAGAGCAGCUCUGGGUUUCUAUUUUUGGGGGCUCGUUCAAGGCUGAAGAUUGUCUGCAAACUGCAACGCUUCCAGUUGAGAGCGAGAUUCUGAAUUUAUGUCUUGACAAAUUUUCUUUUUUUCCCUUUCUUCUCGCCUCCAGAUAAUUCUUCCUCCUUUCUUUUUUUCUCCCCUUCACCGUAAUCCGAAGGGAAUUCUACCCGCAGCCAAAACGGUACUGGCGCCGACCGUGAUUGACGCACGUGCCGUAAUCGGGAUCUGGCGACAUAUCGGCUUCCAGAAACCGACAAAGGAAUGAAUUUCGAACCACGAAAUGCGGAAUAUGCUGCUCUUUACCGUACUGUACUGUGCUGUAAGUUACUGUGCAGGCACGGUAACUACGGGACGAGGGGCCACGUGUGGGCUGUGAUCCGGAGCCCGUCUAUGCUAUCUCGCUUCGCGUGUUUAUGUGCUCAAAGACGGCGGGAUUCAUGCGAGAUAUAUAUAUGAUUAUAUAUAUAAAAACAUACUCGUCACCAAGGACACGGGAAAAAAACAAAAACAAAAACAAAACACUCGCACCGGUGCCGCACACUGCACUGCGCACCAGUAGCAAAGGCGAGGGGAGGUAUUUCGUGAGAGUGUCUUCCCCCACUGCUCGAGUACAGUACAGCACUGUACUGUAGAUUAUUGCGGCUCACUUGUAACUCGUCGUAUUCCCAGUACCGUAGCAACGCCAGCACUCGUGGAGGGAAACUGAUUGCUCCUUCGCUUGCUUCGUACGCUCAGAAUGCAGGGACAGAAGUACUGCAGGAGGGGGAAGAGGCGGAGCAAAUGAUAGAAUGUCCGCAACCAAGAGGGGAGCUAAGAGAUGGCAUACCCGAAACUGUUUGUGCGGAUUCGCUGGAAUCCCGGAGGGAUGACGUCUUUAACUGCACGAUGAUGACGACAAUAGGAAUGGGGAAGCUGAUGGAUAAGGAUUGAGGAGAUGAACAGAAGAUUGAACUUGACUUGGAUGCUUUGAUGGAUGCUGGGAACAUUUCCCUCUUGGGGGCGGAGGAUGUGAGGUGAGUUGAGGUGAGGCGAGCCUGUUAGGAAGGGUGUGAAAUGUUUCUUUUUCUACUCGUACUGCCCUCUCGAUCUAUUGUUUUUAUUUACUUUUUUCUCGCUUUUCACCUCUUGCUACUCUUAUGAUAAGCUGGAAAGCCUAACGGGAAGAAGGGC